AUGGAUUACCUGUUUGGCUUUGUGGUGCUGCUAUGCGGGGCGGUACAGCCGGGAAGUGGACUAGAGCCCAAGCACAAUGUACCCAGGCUAAAGCUGUCCUACAAGGAGAUGUUAGAGUCCAACAACCUGGUGAGCUUCGCGGGGCUGGCCAACAGCUCCGGCUACGACACCUUCCUGCUAGAUGAAGAGCGAGGCAGGCUACUGGUCGGUGCCGAGGACCACAUUUUCUCCUUUGACCUCGUCAACAUCAACAGAGACUUCAAACAGAUCGCGUGGCCCGCCACCCCCUCCAAGCGGGACGAGUGCAAGUGGGCGGGGAAAGACCUCGGGAAAGAGUGCUUGAACUUCAUCCGCGUUCUCCAACCCUACAACCAGACCCACUUAUUUGUCUGCGGCACCGGAGCCUUCCAUCCCAUCUGCUCUUACUUGGAAAUGGGCAAGAAAGCCGAGGACAACAUCUUCCGGCUGGCCUCGCAUUUCGAGAACGGUCGCGGCAAAAGUCCUUACGACCCCAAGAUGCUCUCUGCGUCGCUCCUGAUCGACGGGCAGCUCUACUCUGGCACGUCGGCCGACUUCAUGGGACGGGACUUUGCCAUUUUCCGGACGCUGGGGGAUCACCAUCCUGUCAGGACUGAGCAGCACGACUCCAGGUGGCUCAAUGACCCGAAAUUCGUCGGCAUUCACUUGGUCCCGGAAAGCGACAACCCUGAGGACGACAAGAUCUUUUUGUUCUUCAAAGAGAACGCCAUGGAUGGAGAACACACGGGUAAAGCCACCAUUGCUCGGAUAGGACAACUGUGUAAGAACGACAUGGGAGGUCACCGCAGUCUGGUCAACAAGUGGACCACCUUCCUCAAGGCUCGGCUUAUGUGCUCCGUACCGGGCAUCAACGGCAUCGACACGCACUUUGAUGAACUGCAGGACGUUUUCCUAAUGAGCUCCAAGGACCCCAAGAAUCCGCUCAUCUAUGCCGUUUUCACCACAUCCAGCAACAUCUUCAAAGGCUCGGCAGUGUGCAUGUACAACAUGGCCGACAUCCGGAGGGUGUUCCUGGGCCCCUACGCCCACAGGGACGGACCUACAUACCAGUGGGUGCCCUUCCAAGGCAGGGUUCCCUACCCCCGACCUGGAACUUGUCCAAGCAAAACUUUUGGCGGUUUCGACUCCACCAAAGACCUCCCGGACGACGUGAUCACGUUCGCCCGGGGCCACCCGGCCAUGUACAACCCGGUGCACCCCAUCGGCGGGCGCCCCAUCAUGGUGCGCACCGACGUAGACUACCAGUUCUCGCAGCUGGUGGUGGACCGCGUGGAAGCCGAGGACGGCCAGUACGACGUCAUGUUCAUCGGCACGGAUAUGGGCACUGUGCUCAAGGUGGUUACCAUCCCCAGGGAAAGUUGGCAUGACCUGGAGGAGGUCGUGUUGGAGGAAAUGACCGUCUUCAGGGAGCCAACCACUAUCACUGCAAUGGAGCUGUCAACCAAGCAGCAACAGUUGUUUUUGGGCUCAUCGCUGGGCGUGUCACAGAUGUCCCUGCACCGCUGCGAGGUUUACGGCAAAGCCUGCGCCGAGUGCUGCCUGGCCCGAGACCCGUACUGCGCCUGGGACGGCACUGAGUGCUCUAGAUACUUCCCCACCGCCAAGAGGCGAACAAGACGACAGGACAUUAGGAAUGGAGACCCACUUUCCCAAUGCUCAGAUCUUCAGCAUCACGAUGACGUCGACGGCUUGGGUGGCGGCGUAGGUGGCGUGGAGGACCGCACCGUCUACGGCGUGGAGAACAGCAGCAUGUUCCUGGAGUGCAGCCCCAAGUCUCAGCGGGCGCUCAUCUACUGGCAGCUGCAGACGCCCGGUGGCGAACGCAAGCAUGAGAUCAAGAUGGACGACCGGGUUCUUCGCACGGACCAGGGCCUGCUCAUCCGCAGUCUGUCCCAGUCGGACACGGGCGUGUACCACUGCCAGGCGGUGGAGCACGGCUUCAUCCAACCACUGCUGCGUCUUAGCCUGCAGGUCAUCCCCGCCCACAGGCUGGGUGACAUCCUCCCGGGGCUCCCCGGAGCCGGGGCGCCGCCCCCCGACAAGCAGCGCGUGUGGUACCGGGAUUUUCUGUCCCUGCUGGAUCACCCAGACCUCAACAGCGUGGAGGAGUUCUGCGAUCGUGUUUGGAAGAAAGAGCGGAAGCCCAAGAAGGCGAAGGCGCCCAAUGGCAACCCGCCGCUGCGGCCCAAAGCUUUGGCUCCGAACGCGCAAAAGCUGCAAGCCGCUCCCCCGCAGGGCAAAGCUUGGCUCCAGUCCGGAGCCGACAACCAGAAAAGUCAAGCCGGCUUGGGCAUGUUGAGUGUCCAGGCACCCAAGAACCAAGCCAAGACGCAGAGCGGUCCGAAGGGGCAGGCGGCGGCCCGGGCGGGGACGCAGCACGCCGCCAAGUGGCGACGCAUGCAGGACAACAAGAAGGGACGUAAUAGGAGAACCCACGAGCUGCAAAGACCCCCAAGGAGCGUUUGA